UUGAAUUGUAAAAUUGCAAUAGUUUCAAAUGUACUUUGGAAAGUUUAUUAGGCCUGUCAACCAACGCAAAACUAUCAUCCGUUAUCUAUGUAUGAUAUACGUCGGAGAUCAAUACAUACAUAUAAGAUAUUUGAGGUUAUGAAACGUGUAUAAGAUGGUUGAAAAAUUUUUAUAUUUUGCGUAUGGAAGCAAUUUGUUAUCCCAUAGGAUACAUAUAAACAAUCCGAGUGCAGUAAGAAGGGGAAUAGGCAAAUUGAACGAUUAUCGAUUAAGUUUUGUGACUUAUUCUAAACGGUGGGGUGGUUGUUCGGCAACGAUAGUGCCUAAACAAUCUAGCGUUGUUUGGGGGGCAGUUUGGGAACUCGAUAAUUGCCAUAGGGAAAGUCUUGAUAGACAAGAGGGAGUUGAUAAAAAUAUAUACAUUCCAAUAUCAGUACAAAUAGAAUUACCAGAAGGUGGCUUAACUCUUUGCAGAUCUUAUCGACAAACAGCUGAUCCUGUUGAUGAUGCUUUGGAAAAUUUACCCCUAGAUUUCCGUCCAUCAGAACCUUACUUGAAAACAAUUAUUAAAGGAGCUGAAGAAUCUGGUUUACCUUCUGAUUAUUUAGAUUUUCUGAAGACAAUUCCUCACAAUGGAUAUCACGGGCCAGUAGAUGUUCAGAUGCCAUUGUAUUAUCAUUAAUUUUAAUAAAUUGUUAAGCUCCCAAAAAGUAUGUAUUUUUAUGUACAUAAAAUGUAAAAUUUGCUUUUGUUGAAUUUUACAUGGAGCAAUAUUUUGAAUAAAAAUUGUUAAUUCGU